AUGCGAGGGGCUCUUGCGAAUCCCGGGUCCUCACACACGGACCCCACUCACUUUCUCAGCGGCCUGAGUGUCUGCAUCCUACAGGCGAGACCACUUGGGACCCCAGAGGUCGGACCCCCCAGUUUUCCUGCCCCCGGCGUGGAGGCCGCAGGGAGUCAGCUGCCCUGUGUCCUCAGGCUCGGGGUGAUGAUGGGGCAUCCGGGAAGUCCAGCCGGGUCCCAGAGCAGCCGGCCAGCAAGGGGAGGAGACGCCCCCUCUCCGCUGGUUGGAGCGCGGCUGUGGGAGGCCUCCCGCCUUCCUGCGCUCCUUCCCCCUCUGACAGGUUUCUCCCCGGGACGGCCAUGUGAUGGCCCUGGACCCCAGGGACGCUGUCGGGCCAGGAGGCCCUGGGAGCCGCGGGGCCCUGGCUCACACGCUUCCCUCCGCUGCCGGCCGCCGCCCCCGUGCAGCCUCCCCGGCCUCCCCCAGCCCCUCCCGAGUCUCCCCAGCGCCCCUCGGGGGGUGACAGGGGCCGCCCGCGGCCUGACGUACAGCGGCCGGUCUGAGAGGCUGACCCGGGGCUGGGGGGCCGGCCAGGGCGAGGCGGGGGAGGCAGAGGCCCGCUGCUGCAGCACUCUGCCUGGAGGACGAGCCGGGCUUGGCAAAAUCACUUUCAGUGAGCAGUUCCAGGGGAUCCUGCGGUAA